AUGGGCUGGUUAUCGCCCAUCUUGCUAAACGGCUUGGCUACUCCCCACACGGAUGAGGCUCGUCACUGGGCCGGUGCGCUUGAGCUCGGCAGAGAUUACUCUGUCUAG